UUCUGUUUAAAAAGUCCAAACAAUGACAACGAGAUACGAUAGGGCCAUCACGGUAUUUUCGCCGGAUGGACAUUUGCUUCAAGUAGAAUACGCACAAGAAGCAGUGAGAAAGGGAUCGACAGCGGUCGGUGUUCGUGGUAACGAUGUGGUCGUUUUAGGUGUCGAGAAAAAGUCGAUCGCAAAGCUCCAAGAAGAACGGACUGUGCGUAAAAUAUGUCUUCUAGACGAACACGUUGUAAUGGCAUUCGCAGGUUUGACUGCGGAUGCGAGAGUCUUAAUAAAUCGUGCGCAAAUUGAAUGUCAGAGUCAUAGAUUAACUGUAGAAGAUCCUGUCACUUUAGAAUAUAUAACCAGGUAUAUUGCAGGUUUGAAACAAAAAUAUACGCAAAGCAAUGGCAGAAGACCCUUUGGAAUAUCGUGUCUUUUAGCUGGAUUCGAUUACGAUGGUGUUCCACACUUGUAUCAAACAGAACCCUCUGGCAUUUAUUAUGAAUGGAAGGCAAAUGCUACAGGUCGAAGCGCCAAAACAGUACACGAAUUUCUACAAAAAUAUUACACACCUGAAGAAGUAGCAACAGAGAAAGGCUCCAUAAAGUUAGCUAUUAGAGCUUUAUUGGAAGUGGUGCAAUCUGGACAGAAAAACCUAGAAAUAGCUGUAAUGCGACGUGGUCAGCCUCUACAGAUGUUAGAUUCAGACACUAUCGACGAAUAUGUUACCGAGAUAGAGAAAGAAAAAGAAGCAGAAGCUGAAAAGAAGAAGCAGAAAAAGUGAUGUCUCUGUAUCGAGUUACACUUUUCCUAUUCAUUCGUUG